AUGCCUGGAGGACCUGGAGGACCAAUGCCUGCAGGACCUGGAGGACCAAUGACGGGAGGACUUGGAGGACCAAUGCCUGGAGGACCUGGAGGAUUUCCAUUCGGAGGACGCGGAGGUCGUAGAGGAGGUGGAAGAUCCCGUCAUGGAGCACAUAGAUGUUCUUCGUCGGCGGCUAUGCAGAUGUCUCAGUAUCUGUCACCUCAACACAUCAGAAGGGCUCUGACAAAAAUGAUCGCUCGUUGUUGUCCAAUUCCUGUAUGGCAGCCGACAGGGUCACACACAUGGUCGGCCGAACUUCUCCACUCGUCCACUCUAUAG